AUGCACCUCUCGAGUCUCCUUCUCACCUUCGCGGCCGCCGUGGCAGGCGUGUCCGCCGGGUCCCCUCAGCAGGAGCAAACCGACACGCAGACGAUUCUGUUCGCGGCCACGUACACCCGCGACGAAGGCUGGAUCAACGGCACGGGCAAGGGCAUCUACACGUACAAGUUCGACACGACGGAUGGAAGCUUGACCCCGUUCGGAGUCACGCCGCUGGGCAUCAACCCCAUGUACGUGCAGGGCUCGACCAAGAAGUUCAGCACGGGCGAGCGCGUCAUCUACGCCAUCAACGCCGUGUCGGACAACUCCACCGCGCACCCCGGCACCAUCACGGGCUUCGUGUCGGCGCUCACGCUCAACAGCGACGGCACGCUCGAGCUGCUCAACACGCUCGAGACGCACGGCGGAUCUCCCACGCACAUCUCGCUGAGCCCCGACGAGGACUUCCUCGUGGUCUCCAACUACGCCGGCAGCCUCUCCAUGUUCCCGCUGAACGCCGACGGCUCGUUGGCCAACGAGACGUUCCACCAGGAGUUCCCUACCGGCAGCAAGGUCGUCAUGGACCAGCAGGCCACGGGCCACAUCCACAGCACGACGUGGCUGCCCAACUCCAACCACGUGGUCGCGGCCAACCUCGGCAGCGACCAGCUGCUGCAGUACAACUUGAACGAGAAGAAGCAGACGCUCAAGAGCCUCAAGACCGUCAAGCGCCCGGGAGGUUCGGGACCGCGCCACAUGGCGCUCCACCUGGACGGAAACAUUGCGUACGUGGUGGACGAGAUCUCCAACACGGUUGGUGUGUACAAGAUCAACAAGAAGGCGGCUCUGCUGGAGAGCAAGGCGCUGCAGGAAAUCACGACGCUGCCGGCUGACUUCAAGAACCACACUACGAGCGCGGACAUCCACCUGUCCAGCAACGGGAAGUUCCUCUACACGUCGAAUCGCGGCCACGACUCCAUUGCCAUCUUCGAGAUCAACGAGGCGGACGGCACGCUUAAGUCUCUGGGCUGGGAAAGCACGCGCGGCAACAUCCCGCGUGGAUUCACCAUUUACGGCGACUGGCUCAUUGUAGCGAACCAGAACUCGAACGACAUGUACGUGUUCAAGGUGGACAGCAAGACUGGUUUGCUGUCGUACACGGGUAACUCGUACGAAAUCGGCACGGCAGUGUGCCUGUAUGUUGCGGAGUAUUAG